AUGCGCGUCGGCGUCCUGGUCCUCGCCGCCGCGGCGGCGGCGCGGCAACCGAGAAAACCGCUCGAGCCGCCGUCGGACGCGUCGUCGGCGGAUCUCUGCCCGCCGUGCUUCGAGCUCGCGCGCAUGCCCGCGCACGGCAACCGGUCCAUGCAGGCCCUGCGCUGGCUCCACCUCCCGAAGAGCGGCUCGACGUUCCAGAACUCGGUCUUCCACUGGGCCUGCCCGAAGAUGCCGGAGCGCGCGGGCUACGGGCCGCGCGCGACGCCGUUCAAGCUCAAGAGCCUCUACACGAAGGACCGGCGCCUGAACCGGACUUUGUGCGACCGCGACGUCGACAUGACGAUCCCCGGCCACCCGCCGGCGGAGGAGCGGGCGCUGCCGCGCACCGUGGCCAUGUUCCGCCAGCCGCGGCAGCGCGUCAUCUCCGCGUACCGCAACGGCAAGCACUGCGACGGCUUCCAGGAAAUCGACAAGGACCCCAACUGGAAGCAUUUGACCGUCGCCGAGUACGCGCGGCACGCGGGCAUCCCCGGCUGCACGACGCGCAUGCUCCUCGGCGGCAAGUGCGCGCGCGCGCGCCACGUGACGCGCGACUUCGACGCCGCCAAGGCCGUCGCGAACGUCCGGCGCCUCGCGUUCGUGGGCAUCCUCGAGCGAUGGCGCGAGAGCAUCUGCCUCUUCCACAAGAUGCACGGCGGGCGGCCGUCGGCCGUCGAGUUCGGCAUCACGCACUCCACGCGCGGCGACCUCGCGAAGAAGGCGGGCCUCCACGAGGCGCCGAAGCCCUACGACGAGAGCGUCCUCGAGGGCGUCGAGGACCCGGACGAGGACGCGGUCUACGCGGCCGCGCUCGACGUCUUCGACCGCCAGCUCCGGCGCCACGCGCCGAACUGCCCCCGGCGCUAA